GGCUUUGUCGCAGGUCCUGUGCCGAGCCCUUGGUGGCGGUGGUACACUGCAACCAUUUGCCUUCCUUCCACCAGACUUUGGACAGAACGAGCGACUACCGUGCGAGACACGACUUAUGGCCCCCAUCGACCUAGACCCCUGGGCCGAACGAGACCCUUUCACGAACGACGCCGCCAACGCUAACGGGACGAACGAGGAAGACGAUGACGAGGAGGACGAUUCGGAAGAGGAGCAGCAGGAGGAGGAAGAUAACACCGACAAGAACGAGACAGAACCAUCCAUGGACACUACCGCCGCUACCGCACACUUGACAACAUUUUCCUCGACUACUACGACCACACGCGGACCUCCGACGAUCUUGUUGAGCCCGUUACAAGGAAGCUUCAUCAACAAGGUAGACCUGAUAACGAACGGAAACACGGGACUACAGCAACGACCAACUGUGAUCAAGGGACAGAAAGCAACGGCGACUACCUUGACUGCGCCGACACCGACCAUACUCGUGAGCAACAAACUUGACCUUAACCCACCGACAGCAACAAACCGACCCUCGCAGCCGCAGAUCCUAGUUGCCGGCGCUACCGUCGUAGACCAUAAGCUGGACCUUAAAACAACUACGACGACCAAACGACCAUCGACGACCAAACGCAAACAGACGCGCAAACCUACAACCAAGAAACGGCCCCAAACGGCAGCCUCCAUAUCGAACCGGCCGGUCGGCGGUAUUAGUAACAACCUUGACUUUUCUGCCUCGAGACGCACCGUCAACGGAUCGACGACUACUAGACGACGGCGUACUAGACGAACCGCUACCCAACGGGACGCACGUCACGGAACGGCCUACUACUAUCAGACUCCUGCACCGACCGAUUACACCGACGACUAUGAUGACGAACACUACAACUCAGACUAUGACCCUCCGCCGUACUUAGCCUACGGUUACCAUAGACCAUCGACCACGACGACGACGACGACGACGACCAGUGAACCACCGUACGCGUACUACCCAUUCGGGGGAUACUACACGGUACCUUCGACGACCCCUCCACAACCACCGUACCCUUACUUUGACACACGACGACCAACACUCCGCACCAGGACGACGACCGUACGACGUAGACUUUCCGACAAACUGACCCUAUCUGACGCGACUAGUAGACCCCGACCGAAUGAGAACAGCGACCUGACGCGACCGAAUAAACCUUUCCUGAAACCGGCGUCCGGUUCUUCGUCUCACUCGUCUGUCUUCUCUGUCGACUUCCGGCGGAGCCUCGUGGUACACGGUAGUGGUAGCCCUGUGGCUACUGCACCAACUAGUACCAUGGUGGUCAGUUCUGUUGCUUCCCCAUCUACUACUAAUGGCCGAAAUAAGCUUUCUGCUAACCAGCUACUAUCAGAAUUGCCUCAACGACGCACUUUCUUCGCCUCCAAUGGCACCAGACUCGCUUCUCUUUCAUCUUCUUCUCUUCCUUCCGAUCUUCCGAUGAAACUAUCCGAAUCUUUCUCUACUAACGACUAUGACGACUAUCAAGACUAUCAGACCACCCUUCAGACGAAACGAGAUGAGGCCAUCGGCCGACCGACAAUAGAACGACUACAGGAAGAACACGACGGUUAUCUACGACCCGAGCAGACACACUUUGUACCGCUUGUACGUCCUGAUAGCAACCGACUACUAGGAUAUCGAGACUACUACGGUGACGGAGUCACAAGAACACUACCAUAUCGACAGGACUCUACGGCCACAGCAGACAGAACGCGAAACGACAUCGACUCGCCACUGUUUCGACCGGACGCACCACAGACAGUACGUUACGCAUCGACUUACAACGAUCCGCUACUACUGGAUGAUUAUUCGGACAAAUUCGUUGGACUGUUACUGCUGGAUGACAGUGACCGCCAUGACCGCCGCCAGGGCCAUAGGACGAUACGACUGAAAGAACGUUCUAUACGGGACGAUGUGACUCAAAUGGACCGCAAGCAGAUCACCAGACUCAAACACGACAAACGACCUAGCGGGAACAAACAUAGCGGAAUGCCGGCAGCAAGCUCCACCAUUUCCAUGGUACCAUUCGUGCUGCUAACCAAUAUCGACAGACCGGACAACUGGAUAAUGUACCAUUCGAAGCCAUCGAAACGACGAACACCACCACCAGCGGUACCGCUGCUGAAGAGCGAUACGUUCUCCCUGAGCGAGCUCCCGAAGCCCAUCAUUGGUCCGGACUAAUGGCGGACCCUCACCAGCGCAUAACCGGAUUCGCCGGUUUGCCCACUUUUUCACCCAGCAUUUUCCAUGACAUUUAAGCUACGCUGUAUUGUAACUUGUACUCAAUCAUUUAUUAUUUAUUUAUUGCAUUGCAUUAAACACAUUAUGGUUAUUCAGUAAAGAGCGCAAAUAUA